AUUGAAGACGAGACUAUAUGGGCAGAAAUGGAGUUGUGGUCUGGCUGUGGCCGCAAACAUGGAAGAUUGGCGCUGCGGUGUCGGUCAUUGCGUUGAUUGGCGGUGCAUGGUGGAUUAUAUUGCCACGCCAUUCCUCCAAGAAAUUUAGUAAGAGACCCACUAAACAACAUUGGAGGCGCAGGCAGAUUGCUGAUAGCGAACAUCUGCCUCCAGUUUUCCCAAAUGGUUGGAUUCCGGUGCUAGAGUCAUCGGCGCUUGGCGUCAACGAUGUAAUACCGCUGCAUGUUUUCGGCCAGGAGCUGGUGGCAUUCCGCACAGCGGACGGCGUUGCGCACGUUCUGGACGCGUACUGCCCCCACCUGGGUGCCCACCUGGGGGUAUUGGGACGCGUGGUAGGGGACUGCAUCGAGUGCCCGUUCCACGGGUGGAGGUUCAGAGGAGACAACGGAGCAUGCGCAGGCGUACCGUAUGCCAGAAAGACGCCGUCAUUCGUGUCGGUGAAGGCGUGGACUUGUCGAGAAUCAGUGCGGCCUCAUCAUCGUCUGGUUCCAUGCCGACGGAGAGGAACCCUCGUGGAUGAUCGAAGCUCCGGCUGGUGUGGCCAACAACACUAUGCGACAGAUGGCACGCUAUGA